GAGCUCUUCGCAUUGGACAGAUGUCCAUUAAGAGUGUGAGCUGCUGCGCUGCGGCUCAGGUUCCGGUCUUUAUGAGACAUCACACUCCUUACAAUUACUCUUCGCCUGCUAAGCCCAAGAACCUUUGGGAGGGUCUUUGGAAUGCCGAUUCCACCAAUCUCCACGAGAAGAUCUUCCAUUACAGCCAGCUGACCGCUGCUUGCUUGGUUCCUGUUUCUUUCGUGUUGGCGCCGUCUGCUCUUUGUGUUCCUAUUGAUUACGUUCUGUGCGUUUUGUAUCCUCUCCACGGAUGCAUUGGUAUGAGCCAUAUCUUUAGUGACUAUUGCGGACCUGUGCUCGGAAAAUCGCUGAAGAUCCUGACGCUGUUCGCCUCUCUGCUCGGAAUGUUUGGUCUUCUCUACCUUAAUGCGACUUCCGAUGGUCUGACCGCUACGAUCAAGGCUCUCUGGAGACCCAAGAUUGAGGACAAGAGAGACUAA